CACAAACACAAUCGAAUAAUGAAAUAUUAACCAGAAUGGCUAGCUAUUCUUUAAGCAUUGAUUUCAUUUUACCGACUAAUGGAGCAACUUUGCUUUGAAAAUCAACUGCUUGUACACGCAUACCUUUAUUCAUAUGGCCUCUGGUGGUAUUGGAACAUUUGCCAUUCAGAUUGCUAGACACCAAGGUGUAACUGUAUUUGUCACAGCAGGUGACGGGGCAAAAUUAAAGGCCUGUAGGGAUCUUGGAGCUGAAUUAUGCAUUAAUCAUAACACAGAGGACUUUGCUGAACUGGUAAUGCAGAAGACAGAAGGAAUAGGUCGGGCCCGGCCACGACUAGGGCGGCUCAAGGAUGUGUGGUCGAAAUUGGGAUUACUGAGCAGAUCCGAGGAGCUGGUAGGGGUGAUGGGAUACUAUGCUCUCCGAUCCGCGGUGGUCGGAUCUAUGGCUAAGUCACUAAGGCACACGACGUUGGCUUUCACAGCAGCGACGACGGCGCAAAGAUAUCAAAACGCGGUGACCUUGGCUUCGUGUCUAAGGGUUUGACAUCAGGCCGGCCGGCAUCCUGUAUGUGCGGCGGCAAUUAUGAUCGAUGCAGGAGAAGGACGAUGGGAUUUGAGUUGGGUGCCCAGAUCACUUUCAAGGCCCAAUGUGCGACCCAAAUCUGUUAGGUGGCCCAACUCAUGUCCAAGACCCAGAUUAGUUGGAACACUUUAGGUGUCCAAGUUAUGUGUGGAUACUUCUUCUAUUUGGGCAUGUUUGUGGACCAAACUCAUAGACUCUAAUUCUUUAGGGUUUUGUAUUUGGGAUCUCGAAGGGUUAUUUCGAAUUACAUCUGUGGUACUAGCGAAUCUUCUGGAGUAGUACUGAAGGAAGAUUCAAGCUAUUCUGUAAUGACGGAGCAUGGAGUGUUCAAUGAAUGUAUCUAUUUCUAUGUACCACUGUGGGUACUACCACAUCUUCUUGUUCUAUCUGUAUAUGGCAGCGGAAGGGUAUGUAACAGUCAUUCUGGCUUGAGGCUAGCACAAGUUUCUCUUGUUUGGAUGAUGCUCCAGAAAGUGUUCUGGAUGUG